GAUAAGCGGAGGACGACGAGUACGAAUUUAUUUCAGGAUAUUAUGUCCAACUCCUCACUAGCACAUGACCAAAUGCCAGCUGCACCACCUACCAGAGUCCCCUCCUUUUCUCCGGCUCCCUCUCCAGCCAUCGCAGUCUCCUCCUUUUCUCCGGCUCCCUCUCCAACACACAGUCCUUUAUAUAUCUCUUCCAAUCCAUCAAGGCCAGACAGGGAGGACAUUGAAGAAUAAGCAGUGCAGAGAUGCUUGAUGAUGCCAGACAGGCUGUUAAUGAAACAGUUGAAGAGUUGUCUCUGAUGGGAGCUCUACGGCAUCUCCAGUCCUUGGAGCACAGGACAGAGCUGUUGGAGGCUGUGCUCCAUUUUUAUUGUGAGGGGCGAAUACAUGCAGCCCUACAACAAUUCAAAGAGGGACUUGCUACUCUUGGUGUCCUGGAUCAAGUCACCUCAAACCCUCAAACUUUUGAGAAAAUCUUCCUCCAGGACACAGCAUCACUAAAGGCCAGUGAUAUUGUUGGGCUCUUCCAGCCAAGAUGUAGAUCCUUGCCAGCAUCAAACCGGAGGCGGAUGGAAGCCAGAACCAUUGCCUUUUGGGAAGAUUGGCUCCUGGAGGUAGAAGGUGGACUUGCCCUUCCAUCACCCUUGAGCAUGUCCUCAUUUUUGCCACAGGCCUGAAGCGAAUCCCAGCUAUGGGUUUUGGGAUCGAGCCACAGCUGGCAUUUUUGCACCCAGAGGAUGGACUGGUGAGGUUUCCUAAAGCAAACACUUGUUCGCUGGUGCUCCGCCUACCUGUGGGCCAGAAUUACAGUGACUUUAAAUAUAACAUGGAGCUUGGAAUAGGCUCUGCUGACCAGCCUUUAGAUUUCUCGAACUGUGACCUCUGACCUCAAGUAUGA